CGUUUCUCUAUCUCACUUAGCUCGGGAUACCUUUGUUUUAGCCUUUUGAUCCACUCUUUUAUUUGGCUGUGACGAUCUUCUAGAGCUCUCACAGAGGGCCUGGAAACGGUCGAACUAUCAAACCCUUUUCACUUUCGAGUUUUGGUGAAUCUUUGUUCAUGUUCAGUUCAAACUACUCGUGGCUUCACUUCAUACUUUGCGCCUUAUCGAGUAACACUAGCUACUGGGCCAUUCGUUCGUUUUGAAUAUUAUUCACAGCGCUCAAAUCCUGCAAUCUCCAGCCAGAGCGGUACCGCAAAAGCUUUAUACCUACGUGUUAUACAGCCUGCGGAGGAAGAUUUGAGAUUUUCGAUUAGAGGCGCGGUGGCGUCUCAACAGCCUGUGAGCAUUAUCGAUGGCGAUUUCCCUCGUAUCGCUGCGUUGAUUUUGUCGACGCCACAUGCCUUUCGACGUACCUACAGAACCCAUCGCACUUACUACAUCUGAAACUUUUUCUUCGCAUAUUUAGAGGGUAAUACCCCAUGGUGGAUACUUUGGUUUUCUGACCUACUUUGUGCUGGUUUGUCUCUGUUAAGAUGGAUGGAAGUGUGGUUGAAGCAGCAGCAGCAGCAGUCUGCCGAUACUCAGGUGCCUCCGCAGGGAGUGAACCAUAGUUUGCCGGACGACUGUGGAGAAACAGCGUGCACUAGCAACCAAUCUCCUAAGGUUCCAAAGACAACCUCCUCAGUGCCGGGCAUUGACUCAAGUCAUGAGAUUCAUCAAGCCAACAAGCUCCGAACGAGCCAGGCGGCGUCCAAAUUACCGGACCGGGAUGUUGAUCCUGUAGGUUUUGCUGGUUCGGCUGGCACAGUGCAAUCACUGUUCGACGACCCCCUUUUUGAUUCUGAGGCUGUGCUUCGCGAGCUCGAUGCGGCCUUCGCGUCCCGAAAACGGACUGGCGACGAAGCGUUUCCCGAGCUUGGUUUAUGGGGCCCACCAGAAAAGAGACGGCUUGUCGAAUCAGAACAAGAUCACAGAGCUCCUUCUCCCAGCGAAACCCCUUCGUUGUCUUCUCCUGACUCGUCUCACCAGCCUGAGCAAGGAGGAACCGCCCCCCAGACACCAGGUGUAGAAAGACUCCCGUCACCCAAUCCACUCUUUGAUUCUUUGGAUGCCCUUUUUGAGGAUCCUGACUUUAACGUUCCUUUGAUACCGGAUGAUGAGCUUCCACCCGAUUUCGAACUUGAACCGCCCCUCGUUCAAGACGAUCAAUCUAACCACACGCCUCCGAAUCAGAUAUCUGCAGAUAGCACUGAUAAUGUCCAACGUUCUUUUGUGCUUCCUGAUGGUCCGAUAUCACGGGAACCUCCUGUCAGCGAGAUCACAAAACAAAGAUUUUCACUUGACUCGCAUGAUAUAGUUUCCAAUACCAGUCGUGAAAUUCUACAACGAAUUCACCAAGACCCCGAGUACACGUCCCCUUAUCCAGCGUAUGGCGGACCACUAGGCUAUCUCCCUUCCGCGCCAGGUAUCCACGUCAAAUGUAUUGAAGUUGCGGAAGACCGCAUGAACUAUCGUCUCUCCAACUUGAAGGACAGGGUCUAUCAGCUCACCUGCGAACGGAACAAGUACAAGAACGCUUGGUUCCAAUGGACCACCAUAGAUCCUGCGACGGGCAAGACCAAGGAACAACUAUUGCGCGAAGAGAAUUCCAUGCUUCGGCGUGUUUCUAGCCAACAUCAAAACCGGGUGGAGCAAUAUAAGAGAGAAGCGACAGAGUGGAAGAACAGGCUUCAUGAGCUCGGCACUAUCUACAACAACCUUCUCUACGAUAUCCAUGUCCAGAGACAAUUACCCGCAGUUGCACCAAUCCCGGAUUCAUACAAGCCUCCACGUACAUCUCAAGCUCCUCGAGGGCGAUCUCACACGCCAAACUCACACGCCGCUACUCCAGUGCCAUCUGGAAACACGCAACCACCCAAUCAAGGCUCUCAGCCCCUACCCUCCCAGUGUUCUGGUGCUUACGAAGGUCAGCCGCCUGCUGAAUCUCAAUUAGCUCUGGGCCAAGGACCGGCCGAAACCAGACCAACUACAGUCACGAUCGAUUUGACGGACGAAACAGAGAGCCAAUCCGCUCACUCGGAACCUUUGCAAGCAGAGCAACGUCGCAUGGAGCUGCUUCAGUCCCUGCGAAACAAGAGAUACGACUGGCUCCAAGGCGAACAGAGUGAACACGGUUUUCAUACGACGUCGGCCUCACAAUCUCCACUGCCUCAACACGGCCCUGCUCCCCUAACCGAGCGAAGUCGCAGUAACCCUCCGGGUCGUACUAUUGCCCAUCAUAAUUCCAUCGACGACGAGUUGGCUCGUAUGAUGGAGGAGGAAUUGGCAGAAGCUUAAAAUUAAUGAUACCCAUUUUAUGACUUCAAAGAAGUCCUACUGUUGAAUUUAACUUGCAUAGCGAUUAGGGAAUAUUGCAUACCUACUACAUCUACAUGAUAACCUGAUUUUGCUCUACCAGAUGUGUAUCUGUGUAAAUCUACUAGUAGUGCCCCGGCCAUUGUAGCAUGCCAGUAUGUGAAGCUGAGACGCUUACACUUAUC